GAUAAUGAUCCGCCGAUGUUUGUAAGUGGAUAGCUCUGGGUACGUAGGUACACAAUGCGUCUGGGCAAUGACACACGCAUGCUGGUGUUCGCAGUGCGCCGUACUGCCGAGGUGUCUAUGUUCAAGGACCAUUUCCGCUACUGUACGUGGUGCUAGUGUUUUCUUUCAUGGCUCGUGGUGGUAUUCUUGUGGGUCAAUGCUCAAUCGAAGAUGCAUCCGGAAGUCGGCGUGGUCGAGUGUAUCGACAACAAUGGCUGCAGUGCAAGGGGAAAGGUUUGUUCAAACGGGGAUGUGACGUUCGCGUUGGGUGUGGGUCGUGACUUGGAGUAAAGGAAGGAGCCGUUUGGAUGAGCUGGGGCUGGUCACUGGUUGACGUUUGAAGGUCUUUUACGUUGUCUAUUCCCGGUAAGCUUGUUUGUUUGGGGUGACUAUCGGAGCAGUGAUGUGUGUGUCUGUGGGAGAGUCAUAAGUGAACCUAGAAGUCAAGUGGAGUGUCGGUGUUUUUGCUCGCCCGUCGUCGGUGUUCGUAUUGACAUUCGAGUUGGCUUUUGUGAUGUUUUGAACUUUUGAGUUUGGCUUUCGUACACGUGUUUGUUUGUGGAUGGAUUGUUAUGA